UGGAGAGAGAAGGCUCAGUGCUUGUGAGACACAGCGUGUGAUGGAGGACGCUCGCACACAAAGCAUCCUUUCCCAUUCCUGAGCCAGCUCUCCCUGCCGUUUGCCCGCUCGCUGACACUUCAUUCCCACUUUCUGUAACCUCAUCAAUGCGGUUCUUCAGACUGACAUUCAAGUGCUUCGUGGAUUGCUUCUGAAUCCCCCUCCCCGACUCUCCGUGGGUUCCUCUAUCUUUUUUUUUUUUUUUUUUGCCGAAUAUUUUUUUAAGACUGAAUUUUUUUUUUUUUUACCAAAAAAUAAUUUUUUAAAUCUCUGCGCUAAAAAAAAAAAAAAAUCAAUACACCGUAAAAAAAAUGCGAAGCAUACAAAGCACGCCAAAAGAAAAGAGCACAGAAAAACCUGGAUGUUCUGGGGCUCCAGACAUGGAAGGAGCUGAGACAGUAGGAGGGGGGGAAGCAGUCCCAGAUGAAAAAGCUGUGAUUGCUCCUCUGGUGGUGCCUUCCAUGGGUCAGGUCAAGAUACCCAUCCCGGAGCGAGAGACUUGGACCCGUCAGAUGGACUUUAUCAUGUCUUGCGUGGGCUUUGCAGUUGGACUGGGGAACGUUUGGAGGUUCCCGUACCUCUGCUACAAGAAUGGAGGAGGCGUGUUUCUGAUCCCUUAUCUGCUGAUUGUUUUUGUCGGUGGAAUACCGGUGUUCUUUCUGGAGAUUGCUUUGGGGCAGUUUAUGAAACAAGGUGGAAUUGCGGCAUGGAAUAUCGCUCCGCUGUUUAAAGGCCUUGGCUUUGCCUCGAUGGUUAUCGUGUUCUUCUGCAACACCUACUACAUCAUGAUCCUGGUUUGGGGCCUCUAUUACCUGGUGCACUCCUUCACCAACACCCUGCCCUGGGCCACUUGUGGUAAUCCCUGGAACAGUAAGGAGUGCACCGAAGUCUUCCUUGUAGACCAUUGCAACAAUGGGAGUUUAGCCAAUGUUACAGAUUCCGGCACACUGGUUAACAUCAGCUGUGAUGCUCUAGUGAACAAGCGCUCACCUGUCAUUGAGUUUUGGGAGAGAAAGGUAUUGCAGAUCUCUGGAGGCUUGAAUGAGCCUGGGCAGCUGAACUGGCAGAUGAUCCUCUGCCUAAUGGCAACAUGGGUUAUUGUGUAUUUCUGCAUCUGGAAAGGAGUCAAAUCAACAGGAAAGGUUGUCUAUUUCACAGCGCUGUUCCCUUAUGUGGUCCUGAUAGUCCUUCUGGCCCACGGUGUAACUCUCCCUGGAGCACUGGAUGGCAUUGUGUACUAUCUUAAACCCAAUUGGUCCAAACUUGCUGAAGCUCAGGUCUGGAUUGAUGCCGGUACACAGAUAUUCUUUUCCUACGCUAUAGGGCUAGGUGCUUUAACAGCUCUGGGCAGCUACAACCGAUUCCAUAAUAACUGCUACAGAGAUGCCUACAUCCUGGCUGCUAUUAACAGCACUACAAGCUUCUUUGCUGGAUUUGUUGUCUUUUCGGUUUUGGGAUUCAUGGCUUCGGAGCAGGGAGUUCACAUAUCAAAGGUUGCAGAGUCUGGUCCUGGUCUUGCCUUCAUUGCAUACCCGAAAGCUGUGACUUUAAUGCCAUUUGCACCAAUCUGGGCCGCUCUGUUCUUUUUUAUGCUCUUGAUUCUAGGUCUUGACAGCCAGUUUGUGGGGGUCGAGGGAUUCAUUACCGGCAUAAUGGAUUUAUUUCCUCAACCUAUUAAUGGCUUUGUGCGCAGGGAAGUCACCGCUGCACUCUGCUGCCUUGUGUGCUUCAUCAUUGACCUUUCAAUGGUUACAGAGGGUGGCAUGUACGUCUUCCAGCUCUUUGACUAUUAUUCUGCAAGUGGCAUCACUUUGUUGUGGCAGGCGUUCUGGGAGUGUGUGGUCAUCGCAUGGGUCUAUGGUGCUGACAGGUUUAUGGAUGACAUAGCCCGAAUGAUUGGGUACCGCCCUCUCCCGUACAUGAAGUGGUGCUGGUCUGUUCUCACUCCCUUGGUCUGUGUGGGCAUCUUCGUGUUUCAUGUGGUCAACUACAAGCCGCUGACAUACAACAAAUCUUAUGUCUAUCCCUGGUGGGGAGAGGCGAUUGGCUGGAGUCUUGCUUUGGCUUCAAUGCUGUGCAUACCCCUCACCGUGGUUUGUAAGAUGCUCCGUUCGAAGGGGUCUCUGCGAGAGCGAUGGCACCUACUGACAACUCCCGUAUGGGGCCACCACCACCUGGAAUAUCUAACCCCCGAGGCCGAGACCAAACUGCUACCGCCAGACACCCUGGUCACAGCCAACAAGGAGAAAGCCACCUUAUUUGAGACAGUUAUCUGAGUCUCAUCUGCACUAGCUUCUUGCAAGUCCUGCUUUACUGUAACCCUUUGUGCCAAUCCAUUUCUCUUGUCUCUGUGCAGCUUUUUCAAAAGAUGGCAAAGUAGCACUAUGUAAAGGAAAGUAAUAACUGGGGUAACGUCCCUCAGAGGUUCUCAGACAAUUUAAGUGCCACACAAAAAAAGUAUUAAUCAUUUAAAAAAAAAAAAAAAAAAAGCUAUUUUGCUGCCAUUGCUUUUAGAAGUUAUAUAGAAGUAUAUAAGUAUUAGCUGGUUUUAAAAGGAGGUGUGAAAUGCACAGGGUGUAACUUUUCUGCCUAUUUGCAUUGGUACAUAUGAGCAGCAGCAGCCAUAUUGUUUGAUUUGGCGAACACAUUCUGUAUAGAUGUCCAUAUCAUAACACCCAGAGGAGGGAUGUCCUAUUAAAAUCAAUGGCAUAACCUCCGUUUAAUAAACAAUAUGGUGGCUGCCUCACAUAUGGUUAAAGAUACUCGGGCUCAUUUACUAACAUGUAGAAAAUGUGAACUUAGGGCAGUAACCCAUAGCAACCACACAGCUGAUUAUCCUUGUUUAGCCAAUUGCAGAAAGAAUAGUGUAAGUUACAAUGUGAUUGGUUGCCAUAGGGCACUGCAUUAAUGCAAAGUAAAUAAGCCCAAUUAUGAACUGUGCACCGAGCAAGAAUGUCCUGUUUAGUUCAAUAAGUAUAUUUAAAUGAUUUCCCCUUAAUUACAAAUUAAUUGAUCAUUUAAUUAACACAUGGGACAAUGACGAAAUGCCAGGCUGCUACCAUCAGCUGCUACAGAAAUAUUCAGGCAGUAGAAUUCCUAUUCCUUUCGGCAUUGGUCCCCUUGUGCCAAAAACCACUCAUUGUUGAUGUAAUUCAGUGGAAGUGUAGCUAUGCGGCUGCUGCUCACUAGAGGUGAUAAUUGGCUAUUCUUCUCCUCCUUGAUGUUCUUAUUCAAGACCAAAAAUGACCUCUAAUUUUCCACUUUAAACUUGCUGGCUCAUCCUCAUCAGUAUUAAGUUGUGUGCCGUAGAUUCUUGGGCACUAACAAUGGCACAAUAAGAUUAACCUGCCCGCUGUUCACCAAAUGGGCAGCUCUGGAGAACUCUUUAAUUUCUAUUAUUAAAACUUGUCACCAUAUCAUCAUGAGAUGUGAGUGCAGUCUUUCCCAGCUGUAAUGAUGUCCGUGCUUCUGGGUAAUUCUGACAAUGUGAGUCGAGUGGGCAAAGCCAUCAACUAAUGUGUUGUACCAAAGACUCUAAACCAAUUCAUUAAAAUUGAGAAUUCCAUGCUUCAUCAUCUUAUUUCACUAAUCAUUCAUCUUCCACAUAAGUUACUAGAUAUCUUAUUAUGAGUUGAACCUUAAUAAAUUUGCUUAGAGAGACAAAAGCACCCAUCAUCCAACUUUUGCUCUUUCAGCAUUUGUUGCGCCAAAGGUUUGAAACGUAUAUGGAAGAGGUUUGGGUUUUUUUUGGGUGCAGUGUCCCCCUAACCUGUAACCUGAUUGUUAUAUUAAUAUUCCAAGAGUAUCCAGAAUAACUGAGUCUUUACCCCAAAUUUAACUCUUACCAACUAGGGAUUGUAUCUCUAGAAAAGCUUACAGACAUUCUAUAACUUAUAUCUGAAUAAGAAAUCACCCAGGAAGACUGAAAAUCUAGAAUAGGCCGUAAGUAUGGCUCCCCGUGUUAUCCAAUCAUUCUUUGGGGGAUAGGAGGUUGAUUGAUCUGAUCUGCCUGCUUUGACCAACAAUUUGGAUGAUCUCCUAAGGCAAAGAUCCCCCCACCAUUAUCUUCCUGUAUGUGGCUAUAUCAAUUGUAAUAAGGAUUCUCCCCUUCCACUAAUUUUGGCAUCUCUAGGGUAGCUAGCUCACAGUUUGUGGACCUAUUGCAAUCUCUGGUUAUAUAUUAUUGCCUAUAUGUGCCCAGUAAACUGUAUCCACAUACUUACGUCAUGGCAGAGAUAGUAUCUAAAGUGUGACUGCAAUGCAGGUAUAGAUAUGUAAAACACAAAAUACAUCAUGCUUAUUGUAGUCCUUUCUUGUUACUCAGACUGCUUAGUUUGGUUAAAUACUGAAUUCUCCACCAAUGUUCGGGCUGAAUACAAAACCAAAUUUACACAAUCAAAUUUUUGAAAAACACAACAAAAAAAGCUAAAAAACUGUCCUUCAGUUGCUCAGUAAUGACCUUUACUAUUCGCAUUUGGCUCAUCUAAGCACUAAGUAAAGCACUAACAAUUUGGCUAAACCCUCUUUUUGGUGAAGCGCUAUUCAAAACCACCAAAAAGGUAGUAAACCUGUGCCUCCCUUAGAGAAAGUGUAUUACAUCCUCAUCUCACAGGAGAAAGCAAAUCCAAAAUAAAUGGAUCCCAGGCAGACAGAAAAUAAUAUUGGAAAUAUUGGAUAAUAUUUUUGUUAGUGGAACAACAAUACAGGUUGGAUUGCCCAAAGCAAAAACAUAAUUGUAUCUUCUAAGCAAUUAUAAGUUUUUAUCAACCUCCCCCCCCCCCGUUAGUAGCCUUUUCCAUGGCAGUAAUAAUGGUUUUCCCAAAAAUCACAUCCUAAGGAAGUGAAGGCCACAGUACCCUAUUGGUUCUCCAUCAUAGCUGUGGUUUAGCAUUUCUUCUACUCAUCUGUCAUAAACAACUAUAUUAAUAGCAGUAUUGGGGAGCUCAACCCUCUGUUAACUUACCCAAGCGGGUAUCAGGUGCAAAUACUGGAAGAACCUCACCUUGCAUGGGGGUCAAUAUCCAACAGCGGAAAAAAUCCAGUAGCACACUGAAGAUGCAAGCCGUGAAAAAAAUGUGUUUUAUUUGCCCAAGUACAUAUAAACAAGCAAAGAGCAACGUUUUGGGACCCUUUCUCAAGAAACGUUGCUCUUUGCUUGUUUAUAUGUACUUGGGCAAAUAAAACACAUUUUUUUCACGGCUUGCAUCUUCAGUGUGCUACUGGAUUUUUUUGCUAUAAACAACUAUAUUGUGAUAACUCUCACUUUAGGGGUAACAAAAAAACUACAAGCCCAAUGAACAAUUCUUUCCAGUAACCAUUUAUUAUGCUCUACUUCCAACCUUCUGGGUUAUUGGCAGAAUUAAAGGGGAAUGUCACAUCAAUGACUGAGGUCACAAGCAUGGCUUUAGUGGCAGUGGUUCCCACACUGUGGGGCUGGUACCCCUAAGGAGAAUGGCAGGGGGUGGCCUAGCCUGGAGGCUAGUUAGGUGGAAAAUUAGAGAGAAUGGACAUCUGCUUUCCUACAUACACCUGAUAGCCCAGCUUGAAGGUCAUAUAGUGUGACAUUUGGGGUGAAUAUGUAUUUGCUACAGUGACUAAACCACCAAUAUUUUUCUAUAAAUGAGCUAUGGCAGUCCUGAGCAUAGGUUUAGCCUACAAUUGGAGCCCUUACCUACUGUACCAUUAAUUGGGGCUUAAACUAACAGUUUGACAGUCACUUCCCUAGUGCAGGUCUCAAUGGAAUCCUGGUUGAGUUGAACCAACCAGUUAGCUACGGUGAGUCUACUUACUAGUGAGUGAGUGUGAGGGGUAGGGUGAGUGUUUCCUUAUUUGCUAUCACCACUUGAUGUCCAUUCUGUAGGCAAUGUCUAAAUAUUUAUGGGGGGAGGCCAACACCUCACCUUUCAAAUAUUUAUUUGAUGAUAGAAUGCAAGUACCUGGCUUUCCCUUCUGGUCAAACAAAUGCAAUAUAAAUAUCUAUAUGAGGCACUUGCUGGGGAACCUUCUUCAGAGAAUAUUGUACUGAAGGGGUGCAGUUUCUGCCUAUUUACCCAUAUUCUGUCUGAAUCUGUCACAUGGUAUAACUUAAUUGGCAACGGCAAAACCCACAUAGAUACAUAAAACUUCACUGAAAGCCCUUGUUACAUUCUUCAUUCCCUUAUCCAUUAUUGUUUCUUUAUAUACUCCAUGUUAUAACCAACCCAGUGAACAGACACCCAAUCAUCCAUCAGUCUGCAUGAAUGAACACCUCAUAUAAAUGACUUAUUCUUGUAACAAACAAUAUAUGGCAAAAUACUCGUAUAUAUGGUUCCAUUCAGACCAUGUAGGUCCCCGAAAUCAAAUCAUUCUCACCCACAAUGCACUGGGACUGCAUCUCAUGGUAAUAUGGCAACAAAACUGGAUGGUGGGAGCCACAUUUCCCUGGAUCUGUAUAGUUUAGGGCCAAAGCUGGAGCUGACCCUAUAUUCGUGCUGUCUGAUACCUGUAGUGAGCUAUUUGUCAGUCAUUUGUGUCUUGUACUAAAGUGAAUCUCUUACCCCCUCCCAGAGGUUUAUCUUUCAAGUUAAACUUAUAGAGAGAGAGAGAACUCUUUAUUUUUGAACAGAAUGGAAGAGUAUUUUUGUAGGCAUAGAUUUACAGAUAUGCAAUCUAUACCUUAGACCGGCAGGGCCGGAGUUUAAAAAAAAACAUAGAAAAAAAAAGGGGCCCUGGCAAUGCAGGAAGGAUGGGGCCCCGAUCUUUCUGAGAGAGGAAUAUCAUUAUAUACAGCAUCCUCAGCUUGCCGGUAGUUGUAGCCUUAGAUACUUAUAUUCAUUCAGCACUGAUACCGCUCUGUGUUCUCCCAACAAACUGCUCUCAGGCCCUGCACCCUCCAAUGCCCAGAGCUCUACCAGCCCAUCUAGGUAUGUCUUGUUGGGCACCUCUCUGUUCUUAUCUCUGCUCACUGGAACUGUAAAUGUAACCGUAACAUGAUGUGUUGUUUGUGAAUUCU